AUGGUACGCUCGGGGCAGCCCCCACUAACACGCUUCUCCAUCUUCCCCCCUCCCCCGUUUCUAAAGGUUUGGUUCAAGAACCGCAGAGCCAAAUGGAGGAAGAGAGAGAGGAACCAGCAGGCCGAGCUGUGCAAGAACGGCUUCGGGCCGCAGUUCAAUGGCCUGAUGCAGCCCUACGACGACAUGUACCCCGGGUAUUCGUACAACAACUGGGCGGCCAAGGGCCUCACCUCUGCCUCCCUCUCCACCAAGAGCUUCCCCUUCUUCAACUCCAUGAAUGUCAACCCGCUGUCCUCCCAGAGCAUGUUUUCCCCUCCCAACUCCAUCUCCUCCAUGAGCAUGUCCUCCAGCAUGGUGCCCUCGGCGGUCACCGGCGUGCCCGGCUCCGGCCUCAACAGCCUGAACAACUUGAACAACCUGAGCAACCCCUCCCUCAACUCGGCGGUGCCCACGCCGGCCUGUCCAUACGCCCCUCCGACGCCUCCAUACGUUUAUAGGGACACGUGUAACUCGAGCUUGGCCAGCCUCAGACUCAAAGCCAAGCAGCACUCCAGCUUUGGCUACGCCAGCGUGCAGAACCCCGCGUCCAACCUGAGCGCCUGCCAGUACGCCGUGGACAGGCCCGUGUGAGCCCAACCCAACCCCACUGCCACGGACUGAGCUGUGCUGGAGAGCGGUGGGCACCGUGGAGGAGGAGAGGGGGAAAACAGAGAGGCGAAAGAGGAGAGAAGGGAGUAAAGGAAACCACUGAAAUGAGAUAGUUCCUUUGUUUUCAAAGGGCCUCCUACAGAUCGGGAGAUCUUCGCUAAGAGUAUUUCAGCAGUUACAAGGACA